AACCAGCUCGUCAUUAGUAUGACGGACGUGUCAAUGCAUCCAUGUUUUUCAUAACUAUUGCAAAAGAAUGAGGAUUUCGCUGAGGCCUGCAUGUCUCCGGAGGACUUCACGUUUGAUCAAUGCUGGCUGUAGAUUAUCAGACUGGUGGCAGCGGAUAUCCUAUUAUUUAAGCAAAUUGCUGGCGGCAGCAGUGUGGGUCUGUGAGCGAGACCUGUGGAAACUGUUGGUCGGGUUUUUCUUCCUCGUCUUACUAUUUGUGUUGAGUUUAUGGUAUCUACUGAAGGAUCCUUGUGAGACCACUGCUGCUACACAACACUUGUGUGAAGAGUACGAGCGCGGGUAUGUCUCGGGUACCCUUUGCUAUGACUUGUGUAUAUCCAGAACAUUUGUGUUGCCCAGAUGUCUUUCAAUGUCAGGUGAUAUCAUGACAUUCCAUUCCAAAAAAUCUGUUGCUAAGUUCAAAGUACCACCGCGUGAUGGCGCUACCAUGGAGAAUGAUAAGUUUAACAUUCCAUUCCAUUUGCAUGCCCAAGAAGGCCGAUUAACUAAUGAGGAUUUCCAUCACCUCCUGGAACGCUUCAUUAUAUCCAGACUGGGCCCCGUAGAUGUGACUGAACUGAUCGAACGCAUCUACAACUUUGCCGAUGCCAGUCAUGAUGGCAAGCUUAACUUUGGUGAAGCAAACUCCAUCUGGGAACUUAUUCAUAUCCAUGAGUUCUUCAUUCUCUUUCUGUUCCAAGGCGAUGCAACAUUCCCAGUUAUAAAUGCAACAUGUGGUUCCCUCUACACGUACGAUAAAGCCUUCAUUCCAGCCUUAUAUGAUAAAAAGAAUAAAGGCUUUCUUGACAGGAUAUUUUCUAACACCUACCGCUGGAGUCUACCUAGGUGGGACAAGAGAGUCAAUGUAGCCGUGGGCUUGUUAGAAAAUGUAGCCUCUUUAUCAGAACGAGGAAAUGCUCAAUUUCACAUGUGCAAUGUGAAUCCAACCAAGUACGGCUACACUGAAAAAUUUGAGGCAAAGUUGACCUACUUUGAGGACAUUGUAUCCCAGAACCAGUUUGAACUGGAGGUCAAGGGUCAGCCAUGCUUCAGAGACCGGGACUGUUUCCAUGGCGAUUGUGUGAUGGAGUGUGAUACAACAACAGGGACAUGUACAGGUGUCCUGAAACAGCCAACACUGGUACAAAUGUGUAAGAUUAUAGAGGAGUACCUUGUUUUUGAUGCACCAUCAGAGGUCAAGGCUGCUCUGAAAGUAUUGCUUUCCAAGUGUAAGGCUUUGACCAGCUCCCAGGAGAAGGCCCAAGACCCAACAUAUGCUGUGCAAUACAACCUUCUGCUGGAUGAACUAUCAAAAUUCCUUUGGGACCAAAUCAAAAGCAAGCCUGUCAGCUGGCUUGACCUACCUAAAAAAAAGGCAGCACCUAGCUAGGUUAAAACUAUGAAUUAGUCAUUGGCCAUAAUUGAUAUAAAAUGUAUCUGUCCUUGUUUUAUA